GUCUGUCCAGUUUCAAAAGUCAGACUCAGAGGUAAACACUUCUUUAAAGACUGACGCUCGGAAAGCACUGUAACUGCAAUUUUACACUUUUUGAAAACCCAGUAAUGGCGUUACAAGAUGGCAGUGAAGUGGAUUAAACUUUUCAUUCAGUGUUUCGUGCUGUCAACUGCUAAAUGUGAUUCCCACUCCCUUCAGUUCUUGUCCACAGGACAUGAACAGCCUGGAGGUCAACCGUUAUUUGAGCAGCUGACUGUAUUUGACGGAGUUCCCAUCUCUCACUGUGACGGUUGGACGAGAAAAGAGGAGUUCAAACCUGCCCUGGAAUCAAACAAUUUACCUGUAAAAUGUGAUGUAGCAAGUUAUGAUAUUUUAGAAUUUCUUCAUCAGAUUCCUCCACUUAACAGCACAGUGUACGUGCAGCGGCGCCGUGGCUGCAUCCUGUCAGCCAAUGGGAGUGUCUCUGCAUUUGAUGUCUGGGCAGUGAAUGGGGUGGACUUCAUAAGCUUUAACGCUGAGUCGCAGAGAUGGACAUCUUAUUGUCCCAUGGCAGGAACAGUUAAACAUCGUUGGAACAACAAUAAUGCAAGGAAUUUUGCCCUUAGGAACUUCAUCAGAGAACAAUGUCCACUAUUGAUCCAUGGAAUUAAAUUAAGAUCAACACAGCAAAGUACAGUGCUGCGUGUCUUUGCCAAGCCCAUAGUUAACACGGACCAGGCACUGCUGAGGUGUCACGUGACCAGCACUGACAAAUCAGUGAGCUCAGUGCAUCUGAUUGAACCUGAGAACUCCAAGGCCAGCUGGGUCACUGUAACCGGGCCAGUGCCUUCCCAAAAUGGGUCCGUGGUCCUCCGACUGACAGCUGAGAUCCCCCUGAGCUCAGACUCCAGCAUGUACGGCUGUAGAAUACAAACAGGAGGCCAUAACAUCACUGUCUUUUGGGAUGGAAAUACUCUCGAUGGCAGACACCUGCUUAACGUGUUAAGUGUCCAUUGGAAAAUUGUGACGCCAAUCCUUGGGUUCUUCUGCGUUUUGUUUGCAAUCACUAGUAUGUCCUGCGGAAUAAUAUACCUGCUCAAAUGUGUUAAGAAGAAGAAGUCUCAUCAUCAACCAAGAAUUGACCCACGGCUGAUUGAGCAGUUUGUCGUGUUUCAGAGGAGUGUUACUUCUGCAGACCUGUCGAAUGUGAUUGUUGCACUCAUACAAGGCACAGAGAGAAGCACAGAGUGGGACCAGUGGGCACAGAGGACUGCACUGUGAGACAAUGAAUUUUAUGAUCUAAAAUAGUUUGCUUCUCAAAUUGACAAAAGCAUUGCAAUAGUUAUUAGUUAUGCUUGCAACAAAGAAAAUUUGAAAAUGAAGAAACAAACAAACAAAAAAAUCCAAUAAUUUAGUCAUUCCCUCAGAAGCGUAAAAGCAGCCUGCUAUGGACUUUUUUUUUUUUUUUUUUUUUUAAUGUGGAAAUUAUUGAGGACAAGAUACCUCCAGAUAUGUCAGUAAAAUUGCUAAAAAAGAAAAAACUUCAUUUGGAAAAACGUGUUUCUUAAAAUGAAUAAACACUACUUUGAUUAAUAUUCCCCUGAGAUCAGGCAAAAAAAACCCCAGAUGAAACUGAAAAAAAAAUUGAGAAACAACCCAACACCUUAUGAUAUUUAUUUUUGAUAUUUUAUUUUAGUCAGCCAAAAAAAGUCUUCAGUCUUCAAAUACACUGUACCUCAUAGUGAAACUUCACCUUCAGGCCGUUAUCCUGUAUGGAGUUGUAAAAAGUCUUGCUUUACAUUUUAAAGGUUUACAUUUGAGCCAUACAACCCAAAGCCCAAACCUUGUCACCACUUUAACACUAUACAUUAUGAACUUUACUUUACUUUAUGAUGACACAAACUGCUACUGUGAAACUACUGUUUGGGUACAAUUGCAGAUAAACAGCUUCAACAGCCAAUCACAAUUUUACUUCUAGACAGCAGUGGUGCUAAAGCUGUGAUGUAUUAUAACAGCUGGUUGAACAUCUGCCUGCAUAAAAGCAACUGUUGUUAAUCACAGUUUCAUUCAUUUAGGACCCAACUUCAUUAUAUCCAAAAUCUCUUUCCCCGGGCAGUGAUGUACAGUGAGUUGUCUCAUGACACUUUCCAGUUUUUUAACUGUUAUUAUACAAGACACAGUGAGAAACAAACAAGUCAGAGUCUUUGUUUACAGAUGUUAAUGUCCUCAAAAUUUUAAAAAUUAAAAGACUGCAGGUUAAGGCUAAAGGUUAAGGUUAAAUUGUUUGCAUUUUCUCACAGUUUCUUUUGUGCUGUUGUGUCAUUUCGUGACUAACGUGCUUUAACAAUAAACUCAAUUCUAAAUGAAA